AGUAUCCAACAUCUGCCAACAUAACUUGAUUUCCUGUUGGAUAAAGGGGAGGGGAGUAUUCCUAGAAACAACAAAACCAGUUACAGGAAUGGACUGCCAUUUUUCUGUCUGGGGAGUUUUGGCCUUCCUGAGUUUGGCUCUGCUUGUUUCAUUGUCACUGAAUAUUUCACACUGUAUGAAAAAGAGGCAAGCUAAAAUGCAUAAAGACUAUGAAGAGAACAAUCCAAGCUAUGAUGGCUAUGACACAGAAGAUUAUCCUGUUUAUGGCAAUCUCAAUCAAAAUGCUUUAGAAGAAUGUUGUUACGAGCAGAUGAAGUCCCAGCCUCAAAGACCAGUUAACCAGCUACAGGUGGAGUCUGCCAAUCAGAUGUGUUAUGCCUCACUUGAUCACAGUGCCAAGGGAAAAUGCAGAAAACCAAGGAGAAAGAAAGAUCCUUCACAUGAAGAAGAUGAAGAAGAAAGAUCAUCUAACCCCAUGGUGGCUUCCAAAGUUAGCAUUUACCUGAAUAGUGAGCAGCUGGCUGCCGAAAACACGGCAAAAGAAGAAGCCAUUCAUGAUGAUCCCAUCAGAUUAAUGGGUUUGAUUCACAACACAAAAGGGGAGAACCGAAUAUGCAAUGAACCAAAAAUGUAACCAUAAAGUGAGAUUUACUUUUUCAUUCUGGAGGAUCAAUGAAGGAUUAGGGAUAAUAUUCUGGAAAGUUGACGUACUAAACAGCAUGAAAUGGGUAAGUUAAGUGCUCCAAACUGUCUGCCAAGCAUAUUUAUAGACUAUGCAAGACAUAGGUCCCAACUGCCACUCAGAUGGAUCUGCCCUUCAGAAGACAAUUUGAAAGAGCCACAGAAGCUGGUAGCUCAGCAUUCACAUGGUAGUGAUUCCAGCAAAAAUUUGUCCUGUUUUAAACAAUCAUCAGCUUUCAAGCAGUUCUAAAAGAAUUCCUCAUUGUCUGCAGAGCUCUAGCAGAGUAUAAUUCUAUAUUAACUUCAAUACUUUUGAAAUGAGAUUGUUUCAUACUUGCACACUUGGUGAUUAGUUGUUUUACCAAUUAAGAGCUGUCUGCUGCUCCACACUGUGAACUUUCUGACUGCCACUGGUCUAUGGCAAUGACUGGAGAAUAAUUUAAGAGCUGAUUUAAAGUAAUUGUACAUCUCAUGAAACGUAACAGUAUCUUUAUACACCUUUACUUUCCUGUAACAAUACUACAUUACAUCUCAAAUCUCAACUCCUCUACUAGUGUAAUAUUGUAUACAGCUGUAUUCAAGGGUCCACAAAGAUAUUAUCAAGUACCAUCAAUAACAAUAAAUCUAGGGAGGAUUUCUUCCUUCUAACACUCUAUGUUUACAUUCAUAUUGGGUUUUCCAUUGCCAUCCUUACUGUUGUACAAAAACAGUAAGAGCUUUUUA